GCAGCAGUACCGUUGGUCGCAGCGGCGACGGCGGGCGGCCGGCGGACGCGAUGUCCGUUGUGGCGGCCGUGGGGCCCGCGGCGGCGGCGUCUUACGGGCAGCCGCUGUGCGGCGGCGGGGCGAGGAAGAGGAAGGACGCGGGCGUGGUCCAGGACCAGGACCAGGACCAGGAUGCAGGGUCGUCGUUGCGGGGUGGUAAGAACGCCGCGCUGUUCGUGCUGGAAACGGUGGAGGAAGAGGCGGACGCGGACACUGAGAGGUCGUCCAUCGGCGCGGCGUCCGAGGACGGCGACGACGAGGAGGAGGAGGAGGUGGCUAGCGGCGGGACGAAGGGCGCCGGCGCCGCGCUCGCGUGCAUGGACAUGGGCGCCCUCGACGACGCGCUCCCCAUCAAGAGGGGCCUGUCCAACUUCUUCUCCGGCAAGUCGCGGUCGUUCGUCGCGAACCUGCGGGACGCGGCGUCGGCGGGGAGCAGCGCCCGGGGCCUGGCCAAGCCGGAGAACCCGUUCAACAAGCGGCGGCGGGUGCUGCGCUACUGCGCCACCCGCUGGAGGCCCGCGCGUCCGCCUCGCUCGCCGCCGCCGCCGCCGCCGACGUAGGCAGCGGCUGUGGCUAGCACUGAAGAAGACAUGUACGCGCACGCAGCGAUGAAGCAGGCGGACGGACGAAUUGAAAUGAAAACACACCAGCUAGCAAGCAUGAAGAUGGAUCCUCUCCUGUUUUGGGACCCCUUCUCUCGUCUUCAUCAACAUCCGACGGCGUCAUGCAUGCAUGGAUAUAUACACCGUACCUAGUGGUAGACUGAUAUAUAGGUGAUUUCUUUUUUUCUUUUUUUUGUGUGUGUGGUUUGAUAUCAACAUCCAGUAGCUAGCUAGCAAACCAAGCACUCCGACCCAUUUGCAUGCCUGCAUGUAUUGACCUGAGCACCUGGUACUGCUGUGUGAUGCCAUUAGAAAAGCAAGCAAGAGAGCUUGCUAGCUAGCUAC